AUGGGCAUGGAUUUAGCAUUUCCCUUCAUGAAUGUCUUUGUUUUGUUUGCCACACUUGAUUUUGCUUUUUCUCUGGGUUCAGUAGGUAAUUGCAUUCUUGAUAUUAAAAACCCUUCCCCCACCACGGAGCCAAAUUGCGAAUUAGGCAAUUGGGGUGGGUUCAUCAAUAGCAGUUGCUGUGGAGGAGCCUUUGAACAAUACCUUCUUGCACUUGGGCGGCGAGCAAGCCUUACAAAAGCCAUUUACUUGAAUUCCACGCAACAAAGCAACUGCUUAACAGCAAUGGCGAGCUUCGAGAAAGAUGUAUACGGCUGUGGUAUUCAGAAGCUAACAAGUGGAGCCAGCAGCUGUUCGGACUAUACCAUCACCGAUGUUAUUGAUAAGCUAGGAGAUAGAUUCCGAAACUUUCAAGAAGAUUGUAAGGUGUUAGGCACCGGUGGUGUAGUGGAACAUUUGUGCAAUUCAUGUUUGAGAAGAUGGGAAGAGAUUAAUGGAUCAUCAGACUAUAAACAGCAACCUGCUAGUGAGGAUGAUGAUGAUAUAUGUAGAUUUGCAGCAUUGGUAUCCAUGAUAAGCAAUAGAGUUGAGGAUGAGAACUGGGUCUAUGCAGUCUUUCAAUGCCUCAGAGGAAGUGCUUUUUCCUUGGAUGAACAUGAAGGCACAGCUAACGGUAAUAUCCAUAAAAGAGGUUUUUGGGUUUUAAUUGGUGGAUUAGCAGGAGCAUUGAUAAUAGUAGUCAUUGCUACAUGGAUCUGCUACAGAAAAAGGAAAGAACAAAGCCUGGGAAAAGAAUCGGAUUUCUCCGAGAAUGCUGGCUCUCAGAAGAUUUCAAUCAAAGAACUUUAUUCAGCAACAAACUAUUUCAAUGCAUCAAACUUCAUUGGCCAAGGCAUAGCUGGAAAAGUAUACAAGGGUCUUCUCUCAAAUGGUCAGUACGUUGCGAUUAAGCACAUCAUCAAUGACGGACAGAUAGAAACCUUCGUGAGGGAGGUCAGAAGCCUAUCUCAUAUCAAGCAUCCGAAUCUUGUAGCUUUGGUUGGCUAUUGUGAGAAUGAAGAUGAAUGCUUCCUAGUCUAUGAACUGUGCCAUCAUGGGAACCUAUCAGAGUGGCUAUAUGGGAAGGAUAAAGGUCUUUCAUGGAUUCAAAGACUAAAGAUUGCAAUUGACAGUGCAAGGGGACUCUGGUUUCUCCACACUUACCCAGAAGGCAGCAUUGUUCAUCGUGAUAUCAAGCCAACAAAUAUCCUAAUCAAUGAUAAAUUUCAAGCAAAACUAGCAGAUUUCGGUUUGUCUAAAGUUAUGGACAUAGGCCAAUCCCAUGUGAGCUCAGAAGUGAGAGGAACGUUUGGUUAUGUUGAUCCCGAGUACCGUAGAAACCACCGUGUGAAUGUCUCCGGGGAUGUUUACAGUUUUGGUAUAGUACUUCUUCAACUUUUUUCAGGGCAGAGGGUGCUUAAUAUGAAUCUUCACAGACCAUUGCCUCUAAGUAAAAUGGCAAAAGUACUCACCAGGGAAGGGGACACAACCAAGUUUGCAGACCCGAAACUUAAUGGGGAAUACUCGUUAGAAGCUUUCGACCUUGUGCUCAAGCUAGCUUUGUCAUGCAUAGGGAUAAAGCAGGAAAGGCCAUCCAUGGAGCAGGUGGUGUUAAGACUACAAAAAGCACUUAAUAUCUCAAUACAAGCAAAGCCAGUUGCAUCCCGUGGAAAAAUCAUAUACUAG